GUUGUGGCCGGAGCGGCUGAGCCAAGAUGCCGGAGCGAGACAGUGAGCCGUUCUCUAACCCUCUGGCCCCAGAUGGCCAUGAGGUGGAUGAUUCUCAUUCUUUCCACCAGUCCAAGCUUACCAAUGAAGACUUUCGGAAGCUUCUUAUGACCCCAAGGGCAACACCAACAUCUGCCCCACCGUCCAAAUCUCGGCAUCAUGAGAUGCCAAGGGAGUACAAUGAAGAUGAAGAUCCAGCUGCUCGCAGGAGGAAAAAGAAAAGCUAUUAUGCAAAACUGCGCCAGCAGGAGAUUGAGCGAGAAAGGGAACUGGCUGAGAAGUACAGGGACCGGGCCAAGGAGAGACGGGAUGGUGUCAACAAGGACUAUGAGGAGACGGAGCUGAUCAGCACAACGGCCAACUACAGGGCGGUGGGGCCCACUGCAGAGGCGGACAAAUCAGCUGCAGAAAAAAGGCGGCAGUUGAUUCAAGAGUCCAAGUUCUUGGGUGGUGACAUGGAGCACACUCACUUGGUGAAGGGUCUGGAUUUUGCUCUGCUGCAGAAGGUGCGUGCGGAGAUUGCCAGCAAGGAAAAGGAAGAGGAGGAACUGAUGGAAAAGCCCCAAAAAGAAACUAAGAAAGAUGAAGAUCCAGAAAACAAAAUUGAAUUCAAGACCCGUUUGGGCCGUAACAUCUACCGGAUGCUGUUCAAGGGCAAAGCGUACGAGCGGAAUGAGCUUUUCCUGCCGGGUAGGAUGGCCUACGUGGUGGACCUUGAUGAUGAGUAUGCAGACACGGACAUCCCCACCACUCUCAUUCGAAGCAAGGCCGAUUGCCCCACCAUGGAGGCCCAGACCACGCUGACCACAAAUGACAUUGUCAUCAGUAAAUUGACCCAAAUUCUGUCCUACUUGAGGCAAGGCACUCGCAACAAAAAGCUCAAGAAGAAAGACAAAGGAAAACUGGAUGAGAAGAAACCCCCAGAGGCAGAUAUGAGUAUCUUUGAUGACAUUGGAGAUUAUGUGCCAUCUGCGGCAAAGAUUCCACGAGAGAAGGAGCGGGAGAGGUACAGGGAACGGGACCGAGAGCGUGAGAGAGAGCGGGACAGGGAACAUGAGCGGGAUCGUGAACGGGACCGAGAGAGGGAGCGGGAACGCGAACGGGAGGAGGAGAAGAAGCGGCACAGCUACUUUGAGAAGCCCAAAGCUGAUGAUGAGCCGAUUGAUAUCGAUAAAGGACCAGGUUCAGCCAAGGAACUGAUUAAAUCAAUCAACGAGAAGUUUGCUGGUGCCGGCGGCUGGGACGGGGCCGAAUCAAUAAAAAAGCCAGAAGACAAAAAGCAGCUGGGUGACUUCUUCGGGAUGUCCAACAGCUACGCUGAAUGUUACCCUGCAACAAUGGAUGACAUGGCCGUGGACAGUGACGAAGAAGUCGACUACAGUAAAAUGGAUCAGGGCAACAAAAAGGGACCCCUUGGCCGCUGGGACUUUGAUACCCAAGAGGAGUACAGUGAAUACAUGAACAACAAAGAGGCUCUGCCCAAAGCGGCGUUCCAGUACGGAAUCAAGAUGUCCGAAGGCCGUAAGACGCGCCGUUUCAAGGAGACCAACGACAAGGCUGAGCUGGAUCGGCAGUGGAAGAAGAUCAGUGCUAUCAUCGAGAAGAGGAAGAAGAUGGAGGCCGAUGGGGUUGAGGUGAAGAGACCAAAAUACUGAAGAUCCCUUGAGCACCUGGCCCUUCUUGCUGUGUUCGUGAAGCUUGGCUAUACUGGACAUG